AACAAGUGCAGAAACGAUGACACCUUCAACAACUGCCGGAACAAUCGCACCUCCCACAACUGCAGGAACCGUGACACCUCCAACAAGUGCAGGAACAAUGACACCUCCAACAAGUGCAGAAACGAUGACACCUUCAACAACUGCCGGAACAAUCGCACCUCCCACGAUUGCAGGAACCGUGACACCUCCAACAAGUGCAGGAACGAUGACACCUCCAAUAACUGUGGGAACAAUGACACCGGUAAUAACGACUGCCUCCAUAGUUACUGCUGUCACAGCAGUUGCAACAACAACAACUGCCGCUGCUACAGCAAGUGGAAGCCUAACUACGGCAACAGUGACAGCGGCGACAAUGACUCUUGUUACAGCAACUGCAGCAACAACAAAUGUCGGGACUAUGACACUUGUAACAACGACUGGUUCUACAGCUACUGCUAUUACAAUGGUUGUAGGAACAACAACUUCUCCGACAGCAACUGCUGCUAUCACAGUCAACGCAACGGCAAUGGUUGCAACAGUGACUGCUGGGGGAACAACUGCCGCGACAACGGCAUCUGCAUCCGUAACCAGUGCAACAACAACAAAUAGCACGAGUGUGGCAGCCGCGACAACAUUUGUCACGACAACUACUGGAGCAUCAAGUGCAGGGAAUGGUCCAGGAUCAAGUUUGAAUCAGAUAAAUGUUUGUUAUGGUGUCUACGCUGAUACGAAUGGAACUGUCUAUUAUUCAGAUUUUACUAAUAAUCGAGUAAUGAAAAAGCUGAAUUCAUCUUCGUCUGGUGUUGUCAUUGCGGGUGACAAUGGCAAUGGCAAUGCGGCGAAUCAAUUUAAUGGCCCAAUGGGUAUUUACAUAGACGUAAACAAUCGAUCGAUUAUAUAUGUAGUCGAUAGCUCAAAUCACCGAGUGCAACGAUGGAUUAUUGGAGGAACAUCUGGCACAACAGUAGCUGGUCAAAAUUCAAGUGGAGUAGCUCUAAAUCAAUUGAAUAGCCCUCGAGCAGUUAUUAGUGAUUCAAACGGAAAUCUUUACAUUUCCGAUACAAAUAAUCAUCGGAUCGUUAUGUGGGCCAAAGGAGCAACUGUUGGCGUACUCAUAGCAGGCACUAGUGGAGUGUCAGGUUCAACUGCAACAACUCUAAAUUAUCCCAAUGGAAUUACAUUUGAUGCAAACAAAAACUUGUAUGUGGCUGAUUCCAAAAAUUAUCGCAUUCAAAAGUAUCUCGUAUGUGCAAGUACGACAACAACAACGAUUACAACUACUACAACAGUUACGGCUGUUCCACCAUGUACACCUCAAUCAGGAUCAAGUGGAACAUUGUUUUCUGUUACCAAUCCAAUAUCAUUCACUUAUCCAAGUUACACUUGCUAUGCAUACACUUGGGUGGCCACUGGAUCAUCAGCAACAUUAUCCUUCUUUUUUCGUCAUGACCCCGGUGGUUGGAUGCUAGACGAUGUUAAGGUUUAUCGUGGCUUGACACAAUUAAUUACGAACGGGGGAUUUGAAACCGGUGAUCUGACUGGCUGGACUUAUUCGGGUACAUGUAAUUGGUACACUGGUAUGGCGUACUCGGGAAGUAGUUAUGCUAAAUCAGGAAGCUAUUACUAUUACGAUCGUUGCGCUAACAAUGGUGAUACAAUAAGUCAAACAUUUUCAACAGUUGCCGGUGAUAUAUAUGUUAUUAGUUUUUGGCUAACAAACUAUUCGUGCUGUUCAGCUACUGAAAUUGCUAAUGUUACGAUAACAUGA